UCAUUUUGAGGGGAUAGUCCUAAACCCUACUACUCCCCCCUCCGGCCUGGAGCCCCUGAAACCGCACCAAGUCGUGAACGGAUCGAACCGAAAAUGGCGUCUCUGGUUUCCGAAACAAUCCCAAAGUUCACCGCCGAAACCCUCCGCUCCGCCGCCAGGCAAUCGGAACGGUGCCACAUUGUCCCCGUCCGCCUCCGGCGAGCCAUCAAACGAUACCUCCGAGAGCAAGAGGAAACUCACAUGAAGCGGAAGGUGCUGAGUUUAUCGCAAUCGUUCAACGAAAUCAAGUACGUGAAUCUUCACCUCACGGCCUCCACUUCCAAAGAGCUAGUAGAAGAUCCUCUUAAGUCUGCCGAGAGCUCGAAGCGGUGGAAGAUCAGGAGCUCUUAUGGCGACAUCGGUCUCAAGUACCGAGACGACCAGACCGUCGCUUACGUUGCCUCCCGAAUGCCCGCCGUCUACUCCGCCUGCUAUCGAGUUCUCUGCGAGGUUCGCAGAAGACUGCCUGGGUUUUCUCCAAUGAAGGUGUUGGAUUUUGGUGCUGGUACUGGCUCGGCUAUGUGGGCAGUGCGGGAAGUCUGGCCAAAAUCUCUGGAAAGAAUUAAUUUAGUAGAACCAUCUCAGUCAAUGCAACGGGCUGGUCAGAGCCUUAUAAAGAAUUUGAAAAAUUUGCCACUUAUUCAAAGCUAUGAUAGCAUUCAAUCCCUAACUAAAGAUAUCAAUAAAUCUGACAGAGAGCAUGACCUUGUCAUUGCUUCUUAUGUGCUUGGGGAGAUACCAUCAUUGCAAGAUAGAUUUACCACUGUGAGACAACUUUGGAAUCUUACACGGGAUGUUCUGAUUUUGGUGGAACCUGGAACACCACAUGGAUCUAACAUCAUAUCUCAAAUGCGAUCACAUAUUCUAUGGAUGGAGAAAAGGAAACGCCGCAAAUCAAAAGAUGCACUGAAUGAAAGUUCUAAGGAUUUGGUGGACCUCAAGAGUGGGGCUUUUGUUGUUGCUCCAUGCUCUCAUGAUGGACGUUGUCCUUUGGAUAAUACUGGAAAAUAUUGUCACUUUGUUCAACGCUUGGAGAGGACAACAUCCCAGCGUGCAUACAAGCGAUCCAAGGGGGAGCCUCUACGUGGUUUUGAAGAUGAAAAAUUUUCUUUUGUUGUCUUAAGACGAGGUCAACGACCAAGAGAACCGUGGCCACUGGAAGGUAUGAAAUUUGAAACUUUGAAGGAGCAACAUGCUAAGAGAAGGCCAGAGGAUCUUGAAAUUGACUAUGAGGACCAAUUUGUGUCUGAAGACGAGAUCGUCCCAUAUGAAGACGAUCCAGCUUCCUAUGAUUCCGAUAUUAUAGAAGCAGAUGCAGUCACUGAUGACGACGAAGACGACGAAGAAAAAGAUACAGCUCGUGCUGAUCUGGGGAGCGGCUGGGGAAGAAUCAUUUACACUCCCUUUAGGAGGGGCAAGCGGGUUGAAAUGGACAUCUGUCGAGCAACAAAUUGUGAUGGAUCAGAGGGCACCUUCGAGCGCAUUGUUGUUACGAAAAGUAAGAACCCAACAUUGCAUCAUCAAGCCCGAAGAUCUCUUUGGGGAGAUCUGUGGCCCUUUUGAUACCCAUUCUGUAAUUUCGUCUUCCUAUUGUAUUUUUGCAUCUUUGAUGCCACAAAA